AUGAUUGUAAUUCAGACAAUAAUCCUCGUCCAUAGAUAGCAAACCCCACCUCUCUCUCUCUCUCUUUCUCUCUCUCUCUCUCUCUCUCUCUCUAUGCACAUAAAGACAUGAUGAAGAACAUGUUGACAUUGUUAUUGCGAAAGUAGCAUUAGGAAGAGGAAUACAGAGAUUAACAUGGGCAAUUGCUUUGGGUGGAAAUCUACUGAUCCGAGCAACAGUAAUACUAUCCCCAUCACCACUCGACCUUCAACUCCAGGGACAUCUAGUGGUUACACCAACGAUGUUGGGUUUUCGGCGACGAGCAGCAGUGCCGGCCAAAGCCGGUUUUCUGCAGGCACGGGUGAUGAUGCAAACAAUGGAGAAAUUUUGGCCACCGCUAAUCUGAAGGUGUAUAGUUUUGCUGAUUUGAAGACUGCAACGCAGAAUUUCAAGUCAAAUUCAGUGCUGGGCAUUGGUGGUUUUGGGACCGUGUUCAAGGGAUGGGUGGAUGAGAAGACGCUUGAACCAACCAAAUUUGGCACUGGAAUGACUGUAGCCAUCAAGAAAUUGAACUCUGAAAGUGUGCAAGGGUUUCAGGAAUGGCAGUCAGAAGUGAAUUUUUUGGGAAGACUUUCGCAUCCUAACUUGGUUAAGCUGUUGGGGUAUUGUUGGGAGGACCAAGAGCUGUUACUUGUAUACGAGUUUAUGCAGAAGGGAAGCUUGGAAAACCAUCUAUUCAGACGGAAUUCUUCCAUGGAACCACUUUCUUGGGACUUGCGGCUCAAAAUAGCCGUUGCUGCAGCCCGGGGCCUUGCUUUCUUGCACUCUUCUGAGAAGCAAAUUAUUUACAGGGACUUCAAAGCCUCCAAUAUUCUGCUUGAUGGGUACUACAAUGCGAAAAUCUCUGAUUUUGGCCUAGCAAAGUUAGGCCCUUCAGGUGAAAACUCACAUGUGUCGACGCGGAUUAUGGGCACAUACGGCUAUGCUGCUCCAGAAUAUAUUGCAACAGGUCAUUUAUACGUAAAAAGCGAUGUAUACGGAUUUGGUGUCGUGCUUCUAGAGAUAUUGACCGGUUUAAGAGCAUGUGAUAACAAACGGCCCACUGGGCAGCAAAAUUUGAUUGAUUGGGCGAAGCCCCAACUCUCCAAAAGGAAGUUGAAACCAAUUAUGGAUCCACGGAUAGAAGGACAAUAUACUUCAAAAGCAGCAUUACAAGCUGCUCAACUUACUCUCAAAUGCCUUGAAGCGGAACCUAGAAACCGACCCCAUAUGAGAGAGGUUCUGGAGGUCUUGGAACAGAUUGACGCUUUGAAGAUUAAAACGAAAGUACCCAGAAUCAACUCUACGGAUUCUUCCUCUCAUCGACAUGGAUACCAACCAAGUCAUCAUCGAUAUUAGCAAUAAUCCAACUGAGAGAGAUAAGUUGAUGAAUUGGAUCAACUAAGUGUGUGAUCACUCAAGUUGUGUACCACAAUUCAUAUUUUGGUAUUUUUAAUAUAAUUGUUUUCAGCAAAUUUUUUUUUUUUUUUUUUUGUGCGUGUUGACAGUUACCAUUUGAAUUUAUUACAUUGUACGAUUGUUGUAUAGGAGGAAGUAAUGCUUUUGAUUAGGUUUCUCUGGAAAGAGUUGGAAAUGUGAGUACUAGCUAUUGUCUGGAUUUGGGAAAUUUAGGGUUUAGAAUUUAAGAAAGAGAAUGUAAACAAAAUUUAUAAUUUCUAUUCAUUUCACUGUCUUGAGUUCUGUA